AUUUUAGUUGGGAUUAGCGAAUGCGCCUUUGUAAGCAUUUUCUUAACGCGGUUUCCCGAUUGGGACUGUCAAGCCGACGUAGAAUGCUUAUCAACGACAGUAUAAAAGGGUCUGAAAUUUUUCAUAAUUUGAUUUGAUCUAGUUUAUUCAUUUUUAUUUAUUCAGAGUAUAUUGAAAAGUUAUUUAUUUUAGAUCAAUACCCUGUAAUAUUGUUUUAAUAUACUGAAUUCUUUUAAUUAUUCAUUAUCUAUAAAUUGUUUUUCUUACCCCUCCCCCGCAUUUUUCAGUAUCAAUGUCAAAAUUAGAUUAUACUACUUUAUUGAAAUCUGAUCCUUUAGAAGGUUACGAAGAUCCAGAAAAGUUUAAACAAUGGAUUCCAAAGAUUGAAAAAUAUAGAGAAAAUUUGGCUAAAAGUAUUUUACCAGAAUAUUCUGUUGAAUUACCAAAACCAAUUGAUGAAUUAAUUGAAGAACAAUUCAAUCCAUUGAAGUACUUGUAUGAUGAAAAACUUUUGACCGAAAAGGAAUUAGCUAUUACUGAUUCAUCUGCCACUGAUUUAGUAGCUAAGAUUGCCAAAGGUGAAUAUACCUCGACUGAAGUACUUAAAGCUUAUGCUAAGAGAGCCACUAUUGCUCAUCAAUUCACUAACUGUGCUUUGGAAAUUUUCAUUGAUGAAGGUUUAAAGAGAGCCGAAUUCUUAGAUGAAUACUAUAAAAAGAAUGGUAAAACUAUUGGUCCUUUACAUGGUUUACCAAUUUCUUUAAAGGAACAUAUGAAUUAUAGAGGUAAGAUUACACAUGCUGGUUAUGUUGGCCAUUUGGAUAAUGUUGCUAAAGAUCAUGGUUUAACCAGUCAAAUCUUAGAAGAUUUAGGUGCUGUCUUUUAUGUUCGUACCAAUCAACCUCAAACUUUAAUGCAUUUGGAUUCUAACAAUAACAUUAUUGGUUUAAGUAAAAAUCCUCAUAAUUUAUUAUUAUCAUCUGGUGGUUCUUCUUCUGGUGAAGGUUCAAUUGUUGGUUUUGGAGGUAGUGCUCUCGGUGUAGGAUCUGAUAUCGGUGGUUCCAUUAGAGGUCCAGCUGCCUUUUCAGGUUGUAUUGGUUUAAGACCAACAUCCAAAAGAGUCUCAUUAUCUGGAGGUGUUAGUGCAGGUUCAGGUCAGGAAUCUGUUCCAGCCGUUAUUGGACCAUUUGCUAGAUCAGUUGAAGAUAUUGAUUUAUGGAUGAAGCAUUAUAUUAAUGAUGGUAAGCCAUGGGUAAAUGAUGCUUCAACUUUACCAUUAUUAUGGAGAGAUGUUCCAAAACCAGCUGCCAAAGAUUUAACUGUUGGAGUUAUUUAUGAUGAUGGAUUUGUUAAACCAACUCCUCCAAUACAAAGAGCUUUAAAAGAAGUAGUUAAGAAAUUGGAAGCUGCUGGAGUUAAAGUCGUUGAAUUCAAACCUCCAAAGAUUGAAUUAGCUAUACAAACUAUUCAUAAGAUGUAUAAUUGUGAUGGUAAUUAUAUGCAAAAGAAGCAUUUAAGUGCAUCUGGUGAACCAUUAGUUAAAUUAACUAAAUGGAAUUUAAACUAUGGUGAAGGAUCUAAAGAUUUAACUGUUGCAGAAAAUCGUCAAUUGAAUAUUAUUAGGGAUGAUUUAAAGAAUGAAUAUACCAAGUACUUAAAUGAUAACAAGAUUGACUUUUUCAUUUCUCCUACUUACAACAAUGUUGCCCCACAAUCAGAAGGAGUUUACAAUUGGUCAUAUACUGCAUUAUGGAAUAUCUUGGAUUUCCCAACUUUAGUAGUUCAAACCGGAAUUUACCAAGAUCCAGCUGUCGAUAAAUGGGAUGAUGGUCAAAAGAAUUAUGAAUAUAGAAAUCAAACUGAACAAUUAGAACAUGAAAUUUAUGAUCCAGAAAAAUUUAAGGGUGCACCAGUUGGUAUUCAAAUUUCUGGUAGAAGAUACUUUGAUGAAGAUGUUGUUGCUGCCGGUAAAACAAUUGUUGAAAUUCUUGGUACUGAUUUAUUCAAGCAAUAUCAAUAAAUUUAGUAACGGUUAUGCACUGGCGGCUCAAAAAUUUCGCGGCAUAGUUUACCAUGCUAUUACAAUUGUAAGAGUAAUUAUAUAGUAAGAGAAUAUAUGUCUAAUAAUUUGUGAG